AUGGUGGUCCCCCCUGCUUUCGAAAAGAGUCUUUUCCCCUCCAACCUAGGCCCCGAAUAUGUGGGUUUCGACCACAUCGCCUGGUACGUUGGGAAUGCUAAACAGGCGGCCACUUUCUAUGUCGCGCGGAUGGGGUUCAAGCACAUUGCAUAUCGCGGCCCUGAAACUGGCUCCCGGGCCAUUGUAUCAUAUGUGAUCUCCAAUGGCGAUACGGUCUUUGUUCUCACCUCACCGAAUUGUGCCCCGAGGUUUGAAGAUGAUGGCCGUGUCCCUGAGGAGGAUAAGGAACUGCUCGCCGAAAUACAUGACCAUCUGACGAAGCAUGGUGACGGAGUCAAGGACGUUGCUUUUAGGAUCGAUGGGGAUAUCAAGACUGUUUGGAGGAAAGCUGUUGAUCAUGGCGCAGCUUCUAUUUUGCCUCCUACAAUAAUGCAUAAGAAUGGGAACGGCUCGAUUACCUUGGCGACGAUAGGGACGUACGCGGACACGGCGCACACCCUGGUCAAUCGGGAAGGAUAUACUGGACCAUUUUUGCCGGGAUAUGAAGUGAUCACCGACGACGACCCCAUUAAUGACUUUCUACCCGAAAUCGACAUUGUCAAUAUUGAUCAUUGUGUGGGUAAUCAACCAUGGAACGGAGUCGAUCAGGUUGUCAAAUAUUACGAAGACUGCUUGGACUUCCACCGAUACUGGACGGUAGAUGACGAUAGCAUGUGUGGCGAGUACUCUGCCAUGCGAUCGAUUGUCGUUGCGUCUCCCAACGAAGUGAUCAAAAUGCCAAUGAAUGAGCCGGCUCAUGGCAAGAAAAGAUCACAGAUCGAGGAAUUUGUCGACUACUACAACAGCGCCGGGGUGCAGCACAUCGCCCUGCGAACCCAGGAUCUCGUCACAACCGUCUCUCACCUCAAGCAGCGGGGCGUAUCAUUCCUUCAUAUACCCGGUGAAUAUUAUGCCAACCUGCGCAAGCGAUUAUCUGCGGUGGGGUUACAGCUCAAGGAAGACAUCGACCUGCUGGAGAAGCUUCAGGUGCUCGUGGACUUUGACGAGAAGGGCUACCUGCUUCAAAUCUUCUCCCAGCACGUUCUUGAUCGGCCGACGGUGUUCAUCGAGAUCAUCCAGCGGAACAACUUCGACGGGUUCGGCGCCGGGAAUUUCAAGAGCUUGUUUGAGGCGUUUGAGAGCGAGCAGGCCCGACGGGGGAAUCUAUAA